ACCAAUUCAAAAGCGGCAGUCGCUCAGCCGCCAGCCAGAACAGUUCUAUCAUCCGUACUAGUUGGAUGUAACACACAACGUGCAAGAAACGUCAACAAAGAAAUCCAAUGCAGGUUGAAUCAUGUUAUCCGGUGUCGUAGAAUCCUCGCAAGUUGCAACCGAUGAACUCUCUUGUUCUUUGAUUCUGUGAUUGUGGUGACACAGUGCGAGAAUGAGUGCACAAAAUGGGUGUCCGAUUGUGGCGGUCCUUCUUUGUGCUUCUGUGGGUGUAUUUUUUUGUGAUAUGGUCCGCUAGUGCCGAUACGAUAUGUGACUUGCAGGGAUGCAAUUGUACCGUAAAGGUCGCCUCUUGGAAGACCAUUAAUUGCACUUUGCGCGAUGUUCAGGAGAUGAAGCUGGGCCUCCUUCGAAUACCUCCUGAAGCGUCCGAAAUUUUCAUAACUGGUGGUGACCGGAUCACCCUAGGUCCAAAAUCCUUCGAUCAAAUGACCGGCUUAACCCUCCUUCGCAUAGACAGCACCCGUACGCUUGUGAUGGAAAAACAGUCCUUUCGCAAUGUAACUACUCCUAGUCUACUAAUUCAAAUACAGAACUGUGAUCAAUUAAGCAUAAAGACUGGCGCAUUCGAAAGUUUGCAGAGUUCCAUAGAAGUGGAAAUUAUAAGAUGCGCUUCGGUGAAUGUGGAAAAGACCGCCUUCAGCAAGUUAAGAUCCGCCCUUUUUAAAGAAAUUCCGAAAUUAACGUUGGCUGCAGAGGCAUUCGAGUUCAAGAAACAAGGAAAUAUUGGAAAACAUGGUCCCGUUACUACAAUUUUGUUCGACAACGUGACAAUAGCGACAAUACCUCAACACACCUUCUUUUCUACUUUGGCGGAAGUAAAAUUCCACAAGUCUUCCAUAGGAGAAAUUCACAGUAACGCUUUCUCACCUACUCAGAUCUCUUCCAUAUCCUUCCUCCACACAAACGUAGAUCGCAUCCACGGCGGUGCAUUCAUCAACCGAACAUUAAUUUAUAAUUUUAAGAUAGAAAAAUGCAACAUCAAAAAAAUCGAAGCCGGUGCUAUAACUGCUAGUAUGGAAAAUCUAAAUGUUCAACAUUCCAGCAUAACAGACAUUCAAAGCGGCGCCAUACAUAGCACCGUAGUCACAGUAGACAUUUCGGACAACGAAAUCGGAAACUUACAAUCUACAGGUUUUGUUUUCAACGGUUGGAGCAACAUAGCAUUCGAACACAACAUAGUCCAGUUCCUGCAUGCAAACUCCAUCGUUGCUCCGUUCUCCUCGGACGUGGUGAGGUUUUCUUUCAAUGGAAACGAAGUGUACAAGUCCGAACCAGGUGCCUUAAGUUUCGUGCCAGAUUUAGAAGAUCGAGUUUUUAUAUUUAAAGACAACUUCUUCGAACAAACGUGCCAUUGUACCUUAGACGAAUGGAUCGUGGAGUUAAUGAAUGCUAACGCUACGAGCAAAAUUAACAAGAUCGUCAACAAUACGUUUUGUAGAGUAAACGAGCUGCUUUCGAAAUGUUUUGAGUUGAAAGUGGGAGUUAUUAAUAUCCAGAAUUUUACAGAAUUAGUUUGUAAUAGUAAUAAUACGAUAGUUUGUGAACCGUACCGAGGAGAAACAAAGAUCGUCAACUCCACAAAUACGAUGUUCGCAAACGAUGAUCCACCUCCUACAACCGAUUGGUUAGCGGUUAUCAUCGGCACGUCUUCAGUUCUUGUGUUACUCGUGAUCGUAACUUUUAUCAUAAUGUUGAUACGAGGUAGCAGGUGGCUAAAACGUAAAGGUUACUUCAGGAAAAUGCAAUACAUACAAAAUGAGCACAGUAACGAUGAAGAAAACACCAUAGAAACCGUAGACGAUGGAGAUAAGCUCGAUAUUUCAGAAGAUUUAACAAUGGAGCUGUUGCAAGACUUAUCAAAAAAAUUAGACGACCCGAUGACACACCAAGAAGCUUGUGAAAUGAUUGAGCAACUCUACCAGAAGUAUAUACACAGUAGUGGCAUCGAAAACAACAACCAGCAAGACGAGGACGCCCACUUGUACGAAGAACUCGGUAACUUACAGCUCACCAGCACAAGUCAAGACCCCAACAAACAACAGGAAAACGGUCCUCGGAGCAUUCUGCGAAUAAUGGAAGAAAAAUUUAAUACUCACUUUGAAGACAUCGAUGCCGAUGACAACCACAGACCGCCACUGGUCGGAGAAUACUCAGAACCUUCUGAUGCCGCUGUCCACUUGUACUCAGAAGUGAGACAGAAUAGGGAGUCGGAGGGCGAGAACAAGGAUUCUCUCAAAUCGCGGGCUUCCAGCAACAUGGCGUUUAGGCCGUUACCAGAUAAACCUGGAUCGUCUAAAAUGUAGCGCGAUCUCGUAUCCAUUUUUUAAUUCCAAUUAAUAACAUGCGUUUCCAUCGCACUGGGGAUUGUUAAUAUUGAGAAUUUGGAAGCCGUAACAUGAGCUUUUUCAAUUUGUGUGUGUUUUUUUUUUUUUUGGAUAAUCCCCAAAUCAGAUGGAUAGAUGUAGCUGUGAUAAUGUACAGUUAAAUGUGUUAGCAACCUAUACGUUGUUUAAUUUUGUAUAUUUUGUAAUUUUAUUUUGAUUUUGCGUAAAUAGUAUUUUAUAUUAUUAAUAUACUGCGUUGUAUAAUUGUAUGUUAGUAUGAUCAUUUUUAUUCAAGUUACUUACUCCGUUCUUUUAAACUACAACAAAAAUGUAAUGAAGCAAUCAUAAAG